AUGCCUUUUCCAGCGACUCCAUCACCAUUCCCCCGCCGCAAACCAUCCGCCCGCCGCAGUGGCCCUCAAUUUGCCCCCACACGUCGGUUCCUGCUAUCACAAAAUGCAACCCAGAAGGAAGAUGAAGAUGUUGAUAAUGCCACCCGCGCGCGCCGACAACGCGACGUGAUCGAGGACUCCGAUGAUGCCGCAGAUAUAGGAGAUGCGCGAAUCGGGAGAAGAGAUGUGGACGAGCUACCAGAUGAUGCUAUAGACAGCACUCCUCCCGAAGAACCAGAGACUCCGGGAAUCCUAGACGCUGAGUUCGACGCACUGUUUGCGCCAGUCAGAGAUGGGAAUAAACGGCGCCGCGUGGAGGGAGUGACACCUUUCAGUCGAAGCAAUCAAACACAGAUUGAUCCAAUAUUGUCCUCACCACCCGGAAUUGCGAACCCUCCAGCCGAUUCCAUAGAUUUUCCCGAUAAAAGCAGGCAAAGCACUACGACAUGGGAUAUGAAUACCCAGAGAACUCCUGCACCAAGUGCACGUCCACUUGUGCCAGUCACAUCCACCCCCAGCAAUAUAAAAACACCGUUCCGCAGUCGUCCUCGGUUUAUGCUUUCCUCGACGGCGAAGCCUCCGAGCAGCCAAUCCGCACCCAAAUCCAAACCAGACACGCCGGGGAUAUCACCGCCUGAGAGACGGAAACCGACUUUCGUUUUGCCUCGCUCGCCAUCGCCGAAUCCAGAUGCAGAGGAUAUCCCCGCACCGUUCUCCCCCUCCUCGCGCACAUUGCGUCGGCGUGGUCGAAACCGAGCCGGUGUGUCCAAUUAUAUUCCUGGAGGAAUGGCCGCUGAGGUACGCAGCUGGAUCUUGGAAAUGGGGACGAAACGUGACCACUUACCAAAGCCACCCUUGGCUCAAGCCCCAGAUUCGCAGGCAGCGGAUGCCUCGCUUGAAAAAUUGAAUUUGUAUCUCCUGACUGCACGUGUCAUUGAUGUCAGCCAGUCAGCUCUGAGCGGCUGUGGCUCUCUCGCCUUUAUUCAAGCAGAAGUGCUUAGUGGGAAUCAUGUGCAAGCGAAAAAUCCCGAUUCUACCUUGAAUAUCAUGAUUAUGGGAUCUCCGCGGUCUAAAUCCGCUGUUCGUCACAUUCCCUCGCAUUCUGAUGGCACUGUAACACCCCACCUGCGGAAAGGGGGUGUGGUGGGGAUUCACAGAGGGCUCAACUGGACUUUGGAGCUCGGGAAUCACUUCUUCCAACAUCGAACAGCCGAUCAAGCAUCUGGCCGGGCGCCAGAGCGUGGUCCAUCUGAAAAUGGUGGACACCCAGAGGCAAAGGAGGGCUGGCUUAUAGCCAUGGAAUGGGACAUCGUUGAAACAGCUCCAUGA